AUGAGAUUUAAGUAUAAUGACAUGGCAUUUGCUUCGGAUCGACCGGCUACACAGCCCUCCUGCCCUGGCUGUGGGAAACAGUUUGAAAACCCCAAGAUCUUGCCGUGUUUACACACGUUUUGUCGUAGCUGUCUGAUGGAGGCCGUAGAUAGAGACCCGACUGGCUCGCUCUCGUGUCCAAGUUGUUACAGACAUGUAUCGCUAAACGAAAACGGUGUCGAUGGCCUGACAGCUAACAUGUUUAUUGAGAAUAUUUUAGGUAUAAUUUCGCCACAACACGAACAAGAAACGACUGAGAGAAGUACGAGUUCAUCAGUACGUUCGAAUCUCGCCAGUCGAAUCUGUAGUAAUUGCGAAGAAGGGCUACAAGUGACCUCUCAUUGUCAAGUUUGUAACGAACUGUUGUGUGACAAUUGCACAAGAGCCCAUCAACGUGUACGGCUGACUAAAGACCACGAAAUUGUGCCUUUAGCUAGCCGGGAAUCAUCCACACAAGCUAGGGACGACGCAAGCAUUCGACAAACUCGCACAAUACGGACAGAAUAUUGCCCAACGCACGAAGGAGAAGUUCUUAUUCUAUACUGUGACACAUGCUACACACCCGUAUGCCGUGAGUGUACUCUCAAACAACACCGAGAUCACAGUUUUAUCUAUCUGCAAGAUGCAGUAGCGAAUAAUGCAAGCUCUCUACGAAAGUUAGUGGUCGAAGCGAGGCGAGAGAGCGGGGCUAUAGACGAAUGCAUUGUUGCCUCACGUGCUAUGAGCGAGCGAGUACAAGUCAGGGCACAGAAUGUUUCCACCGAAAUUCGUACAACCAUACGAAGACAUAUGUCUGCAUUGGAAGAAAGAGAACGUGAGUUACUCCGCCGUGUUGAGAAAAUUGGUCAAGUAAAAGGAAAAACAUUGCGUGUUCAGAUAGACGAACUCAAGUCGAGUGUUGCAAGUUUGACUCUCGCCUAUGACACUGCUCAGGAAGCCCUUAACAGUGAAAAAGAUGAAGACAUUCUUGCUGCAAAAACGGCUUUAACGGACCGUCUAAACGAGCUACGAAUGAAACGAAGUCUUAUGAAAGUCCACGAAGACGAUGCGAUUGUUUUUACACCUCCUGAUCUGGCGCUACAGACAGCUAUAAGAUCUCUGGGUAUAGUAAGUAGCAACGCAUGUGCGGCCUACAGCGUCGCUCAGGGUACUGGUCAAAAGCGUGCAAUUCGGGGUAAAUCUGCAAUGUUUAUCGUACAAGCUAAAGACCACCAUGGCGAGAAUCGUUGCACGGGUGGUGAUACUCCUCAUGUAGUUAUACAAACCCCGGACGGGCUGUAUUUACGUGGCGAAGUUUUUGACCGUCAAAACGGGACCUAUGCUGUUACGUAUAGGCCCCAAGUGGAAGGAAUACAUAUAGUUUCCGUCACAAUUCGCGGGCAGCAGAUUAUGGACUCUCCUUUUAACGUAGACGUAAAAAAGGGGAGAAACUACCAAAGCAUUGGUGUACCAAUUUGUUGUUUUGGUACUGAAGGAGAGGGCGACGGGCAAUUGUGUCGUCCUUGGGGUGUUUGCUGCACGAAAGACGGGCAUAUCGUUGUUGCUGAUCGCAGCAACAACCGUAUACAAGUUUUCCACCGUCAAGGGCAUUUUAUUUACAAGUUCGGAUCUGCUGGUUCUCGCAACGGUCAAUUUGACAGGCCUGCUGGCGUAACGUGUGAUUUACAAGGCCGUGUAAUCGUGGCUGACAAAGACAACCAUCGCGUGCAACUCUUCGAAAUCGACGGUACGUUCGUGUUGAAGUUUGGGGAGAAGGGCAGCAAGAACGGACAGUUUAACUAUCCCUGGGACGUCGCCGUGAACACAGAAGGGCAGAUCUUAGUCUCAGACACGCGAAAUCACCGUGUACAGCUUUUCAACUCGGACGGUUCAUUCGUGAAUAAGUACGGUUUCGAGGGGGUGUUAUGGAAGCAUUUCGAUUCACCUCGUGGUGUCACGUUCAACCACGAAGGUCAUAUGGUGGUUACUGAUUUCAACAACCACCGAUUGCUGGUGAUCAGUUCUGAUUUUCAGACGGCAAGAUUUUUGGGCACCGAAGGCACCAACAACGGGCAGUUUUUACGGCCUCAAGGAGUCGCGAUUGACGAAGAAGGGAAUAUAAUCGUGGCUGACUCUCGAAACCAUCGCAUCCAAGUCUUCCAAGCGAAUGGUACGUUCUGCUGUAAGUUUGGUGCUCCUGGUUGCAGCCCCGGGCAGCUGGAUCGACCUUCAGGUAUUUGUGUCACACCAGAUGGACUUAUAGUAGUCGUAGAUUUUGGAAAUAAUCGUCUACAAAUUUUCUAG